AUGAACAUACCCAGCAACAGCAGAUCUCCAAGCUCAAGCUCUGACAUUGCCGCUGAUACUAAUGAUACCCAUCAAGCCUCCGAAGACAUCAAGGAAAACAUUCAGCCAAAACUAGUAUCAAAACCUGCUGCUUUCAAAUCUGUGCUACCCAAGCGUUCACUGGUUGCACCUUCUAUUUCACCACCUUUAAAGCAACAAAAGAGAGAAUCAAUACCUGGCCAUGAACGUUUUUUUGAAGUUGUAUGGCGGAAACAAACAAUGAAAAAGAACAAGACAUGGGAUGGUGAUGGGUUCAUCGUGUUGACUUCGAAUUACAUAUCACUUAGGUCAGAUGACUCAUCAAAUUACAAAGAGCUAAGUAGAUUGAACAACGUGUCAAAGUUCACUACAGAUGGAGUUUUCAGUAUGGGUAGUUAUGAAGUUGAAGUUAGUAGUAAUGAAAUUAAUGAUUCUCAAGAGAUUGAAAAAUUCAAAUUCAAUGCAAGAUUAGGAAAUAUAGGUGCAACUCAAAUACAGCCACCUCUGGAACCUAUCAAGCCUGAUAUUAAAAAGGAAACUCCGAAACCAUUCAAACCCAUCAAUACCCAAUUUAAACAAGUUGUACAUACAGAGCCCAAACCUCAAAGAGGUGAACCAUUAUAUGAUCCAACUUCAGAAGGUGCAAUAGUUCUCAGGAAACAACACCCAGAUGAUACAGAUGUCGUUAUUGAUCCAUUCUUGGCUAAAAAAUUGCGUCCUCAUCAAGUUCAAGGUGUGAGGUUUCUUUAUGAAUGUGUAAUGAAUCAAAGAGGUUUUGAUGGACAUGGUGCCCUAUUAGCUGAUGAUAUGGGAUUGGGGAAAACAUUAAUGACAAUAACUACACUGUGGACCCUUUUGAAACAAUCACCUCAAGGUUUUGAGAAUCCAAUUUGUCAUAAAGUUCUUAUUGCAUGUCCUGUUACUUUGAUUGGUAAUUGGAAAAGGGAAUUUAAGAAAUGGCUACCAAUGAAUAGAUUGAAUGUCUUAACGCUAAAUAGUAAAAACACUAUUGCAAAAGAUAAACAGGAUGUUAAAAACUUUGCUAAAACAAAAGUCUAUCAAGUUUUAAUAAUGGGGUAUGAGAAAAUUUUGAAUAUGAAGGAAGAAUUGGCUUUAACAAAAUUUGAUUUGUUAAUAUGUGAUGAAGGUCACCGUUUGAAGAACAAUUCAAACAAAACAUUGCAAGCUUUAAACUCAUUAGAAGUUGAAAAGAAAAUAUUGUUAUCUGGUACACCAAUUCAAAAUGAUUUAUCAGAAUUUUUCAACAUUAUAGAUUUCAUUAAUCCUGGAAUAUUGGGCAACUAUAAUCAAUUCAAGAGAAAUUUUAUGAAUCCAAUCCUAAAAUCAAGAGAAUUGAAUUGUUUAAACCCAGAAAUUAUUGAAAAGGGGAAAGAAAAAUCACAAGAUUUGAUUGAUAUAACAAAGCCAUUCAUUUUAAGACGUACUGCAUCAGUUAUCUCAAACCAUUUACCACCAAGAACUGAUGUUGUCUUGUUUUGUCGUCCAACUUCUCUUCAAAUCAAUUUAUUUAAUGAGGUGUUAAGUUCACAAAAUUUUACUUCAUUAUUAGAUAAGUCUUCAGGUUCAAGCUCAUUAGGAUUAAUCACAAUGUUUAAAAAAAUUUGCAAUUCACCUUCAUUGAUCAAAAAUGAUAAACUUUUCAAAGAAGUUUCAGAUUCAAAUAUAGUUCACCAAGUUACAAGUGGUAAAAUUUUAGUCUUGACAGAACUCUUGAAAGAAAUUUCCGCAGUUGGAGAAAAAGUUAUAUUAGUUUCAAAUUAUACUCAAACUUUAGACAUACUUCAAAAUAUAGUUUUAAAGUUAAACCUUACAUAUCAAAGGCUUGAUGGUUCAACGCCCAAUAAAGAUAGAGAUUCAAUAGUCAACUUGUUUAAUAAUAGCUCAUCAAAAUCCAACUUUGCAUUCUUAUUAUCUUCAAAAUCAGGUGGUGUUGGUUUGAAUUUAAUCGGUGCUUCAAGAUUGAUUUUGUUUGAUAAUGAUUGGAAUCCAUCAGUUGAUUUACAAGCAAUGGCUAGAAUUCAUAGAGAUGGACAAAAAAAACCAGUCUUUAUCUAUAGAUUAAUUACAACAGGUUGUAUUGAUGAAAAAAUCUUUCAGCGUCAAUUGAUGAAAAAUAAUUUAUCUGAUAAAUUUUUAGAUAAUAAAAAAGGUUCAAAAGAUGAUUUAUUUGAUAUGAAUGAUCUUAAAGAUUUAUUUACACUGAAUUUGAAAACUAGUUCAAAUACUCAUGAUUUGAUUGAGUGUGAUUGUGGGGGUGAAGGUGAAGAGAUUUCAGAUCUUGAAGAGGAUGAUGAGGAGGAAGAAGAAACAGCACCAAUUGCCAAAAAGCAAAACAGUUGGGUAUCAGCUCUAGAAGUUAAAAAUAACUCUACUGAUGAAGGUUCUGAAAGAAAGAAAACUAUUAGAAAAUGCUUAGCAGACUAUAGACAUAUAGAUCCAGCAUAUUUAUUAGAUGGAAGUGGAGAUGUUACAACAGGUGAUGAAGUUACAGAGAAAGUUGUUUACAACUCACCAAAAUUGAUAAGUUUUAUAUUAUCAAAAGUUAACAAACCAAGUCUAUGA